AUGAUCAAUAAUUAUCAUGAAGAGGAAUAUAAUAAUUUAUUCUCUGAUUGUAUAGAACAUAUUCGUGUUUUAAACUACAAUGAAACUUUUGAUAAGGAAGAACAAUUAAACUCUUUAAGUAUAAUAUAUGAAUAUAUAUUAGAAUUUUUUAAUAAUUGUGAUGAAGAAAAAAGGAAUUUUUUUUGUAUUUUUUUUUGUAAGAAUAUAUUAUAUCCUUUGAACAAAUGGAUUAAUGAUGAAUUUGACGAAUGUAGAAAUUUAGCUUUAAAUAUUUAUUUACUACUUGAAAAAAAUAUGGGUAAUAACUUACUAGAUAUUAUAUUAUUUAAAAAUAUAGAAAAGGAUGAUAAUUUUAUUUUUAUUUGUAUGAAGAGACUAAAAGAAGAUGAAAAUAAAAAAAUUAUAGAAGAUAAAGAAGAAAUAAGAUUAAAAAUAUUACAAUUUUUAUAUAAAAUUAUAAAAAGAUAUAAAAGUAAAGAUAAUAUGUCAAGCUUAUUAAAUUUUAACGUUUAUUUGGAAGAUAUUUUAAUAUCACUAUCAAAUUUAGUAAAAGAUCCAUUUCCUCUCAUAAAAAAGUUAACUUGUGAAAUAUUAUGUGAGCUAGAUCUAGAAAAAGAACAAAAAGAAUUCAAUCAUAUACUUAAGAAAUUAUUAAAAAAUUUAUUAGGUAGCUUAAAUAUUAGACAACAUGAUAUUCGUAAAUUGAUUUUAAAAUGCUUAAAGAAACUAAUGUGUUUCGAUACCAAUAGAGAGUUUCUUGAUAGUGUAUCAGGGAGCUUAAAGAAGUUAUGUAAAAAUAAAUCAUGUAAUAUAUUAUUUGAAAUUGUAAAUUGUAUUGAAGUAUGGUAUUUAAAUAUUAAAGACUUAAAUAACAUUGAAAAGGCUAAGUUAAUAUAUAUUAUUCUUUUGUGCAUUAGUGCAGAUAUAAGCACUUCUUUUAAUGAACGAUGCUACAAUGCUUUAGAAGAAAUAGCUAAAUCUAUACCUAAUACACAUAAACAGAUAAAUAACCUUUUGCAUGAAACAAAUAUAUGUAUAAUCAAUGAUGAAGAUUUUAAAGAAUCAAAAAAAAAUGAAAAUUUAAAGAAUGAUAAAUACGAAGAAGAAAGCAUAAAUAACAAAGAUAUAACAAGGGAAAAAAAUAUUACAAAUAAAAAAAUUAAUGAUGAUAAUAUAUUUGGAAAUUAUGAAUAUUUUAUAAAUAUUAAUAAAUUAUUUUUUAUUCCUUCUCCUUUUAAUAAAAUAGCAUUGACUGUUCAUAAAUUUUUUUGUGAAAUAAAAAAAGAAUUAUUUUAUGAAAUUAUGAAUAAUGAAAGAAAUUCUUGGUUAGAAGGGAAAGAAGAAUUUGCUAGUAUUAUCAGCAUGUUUUUAAUAUUUACUUAUAAUGAUAAUUUUUAUUUUAUUAAACACAUUUUAUCUUUUUUAUAUAAAUCCUUAUCAUCAUUUAAAUAUAUUGACUAUCCUUCAACACCUAUACUAAUUGACGAUUUAUUAGAUUUAUUAAAUGAAAAUACUGAAGAUACACUUGAGAAAUACUGUUACGAAUAUGAAUCAUUUUUACACUUGAAAAAACUUGUCUAUUUAAUAAUAACAUGUGGGUAUUUAAUGCCUAUAGAAGUUGGUCUUUUUGAAAUAGCAAAUAUAUUAUUAGGAAAUAAUAUUAAAAAAAUUUUGACACAUUUUUAUAAAUUUCAUGGUAUAUCAAAUGAAAUAGUUAUUUGUGAAAACAAUCGUAAUAAUUACAACUAUUGUAAAACUAAAACAAACGUUGAUGCUUUUACAAAAGAUUAUAUUUUCUUAAAUAUAAAUUAUCAUAGAUAUCAACAAAAAAAUUGUGAACAAAAAAAUAUACAAAAAAAAGAGGAUUUUAUUUUAGAAGAUCACAAUUACGAGAAUAGUGAACUUAAUAAGAAAAAUAUAACAUAUAAAAAAGAUAAUAAAAAUGAACAAAUAGAUACAGAAUGUUCAGAAAGGAGAAAUGAAGAUAUUAAUAUAAACAAAAAAAAAAAUGAGGAAAAAAACAAUGUUAAUAGCAUAAUAGAAAAUAGUAAAAAAAAACUUUUUCUUUAUGAAAAAAUAAACAGUGAAGUACAUGAAUUACAAGAAAAUUUUUGUGAUAAUGAAAAUUGUGUUACAACAAUAAUUUAUGAAAAUAAAAAGAUUAUCUUUAUAAUUCUGUCUCAAUUUUUAGCUGGUUAUCACGUGAGAAACGACUUAGAAUUAAAUAAAUUGGAUAAUGCAUAUAUAAAUUUUGUUUUAUUUUUAAUAAAUGAAAAUAUAAAUUAUGAACAUGUUGAUUCGUUUCCAUAUAUUUUAUUAACUCUAAAACAUUUAAUACUUAUAAUGAAAAAUGAAUGCAAGAAUUAUAGUAAUAUUUUAUUUCAUUUUUUAAUUAUUUUACAAUCAGAUAAUCGUUUCUGUUCUCAUUCAGAAAUAAAUAAAUUAAUUGAAAAAAUAGAAUUUUACAGUGAUAAAAAAAAAAUUAAUUUUUAUAAUGAUGAAUAUAUUGAUUUCAUAAAAAAUGCUCAAAACAUAAUAGAUUUUGAUGAUUUUAAAAAUUUUAAAUAUAAUUUAGAAUUUUUAAGCAUAUUACUACUUAAUAUAAGUGAUCAUGUCAUUAUGGAAUAUUCAAGUUAUUUAAUGCAAUUUUUAUAUGUUAUAAUUACAUAUGAAUUAAAACCAUUUAUAAAAUCAGAAUUCUUAUUAUUUAUAAAUUUUUUUAUUUCAAAAAAUAUAUUUCCUAAUUUUUUUUUAAUGAAUUUUCAAGAGAUUCUACAAAAUAUAUUAUUACCAUUGUGCGUAUGGAAGAGUGGAUUAAGUGAAGCGGAAAUAAGAAAAGGGGCUUUAUAUUGCAUAAAAUCAUUGUUUUUAAAUAAAUUAUUUGAUAUUAAAAUAUUUCAAAAUAAUAUAAUAAUUGAAAAUUUAGUAUGUAUUCUUAAGUCGUCAAUUGAUGAUGUAUGGACUAAUGAAAAUAGAGAAAUUUCUAUAUCUAUAAUUGGAGAAAUAGUAAAAAAUAUAAGUAAUAAUAAUAUACUACUUGAUUUAUUAGAUAAUUUAGUAAAGUUACUGGAUGAUUCAAAUAAAUCGGUUCGUAAAUCUUCGGCAAUAGCUUUACACUCACUUUUUCAAAAUAAAUAUUUAAAUUUACCUGAUGAAAAAUGUGAACAUAUUUUUCCGAUAUUAUUAUUACACAUGGAUGAUGAUUACUCAAAUUUUAGUAAAAUUAUUUAUCUUAUUUUGUCAGUAGCAAAAAAUUUUAACAAUGAAAUAUUCUUGAAGCAUGCAAAAGAUUCAACCGAGAAUUCAUUACAUGCGAAAUCAUUUAAAGAAGAUUUGAUGAAGUGA